CAAGCUGAUACUUUUUGUCCUUGAAAUUAUCGAAAAAUACAGCUACAAUGGCGAACAACGAUAAUGGAAAUGUCGUCCCCAGCCUCUUGAAGUUUGCCUACCUCAAAUGUAACAAAGCCCAACAGAAUGAUUAUAAAAAUAUGGAAGUUCCGAAGAUCGACAUACAAAAGUGUUGUUUGUCGAUUUUUGAAAUAUUGAGACUUAACACGGCUGUUGGUUUCAACCCGCUGGGCGAUAGACAGUCCAUGUUUGCCAAAGUUUAUUCGCCUAGUAACGAUAAACUAAUUUUCAACAUAUGCGAGGAGGCCGCGUUUCACGGACAUAUAACAUGUUUAAAGUUUGCUCGCUCAAUCGGCGUCCCCUGGCACACUCCGUCCUCGUCCGUUCCUUCAGCGUGUGACUGGGCAGCGAGCAGGGGCCAUCUGUCUUGUCUAAAGUACGCAUGUGCAAAUGGAAGUCGGGUAGACACGAUGACGUGCUCGACAGCCGCUGGCUACGGCCAAUUGGACUGUUUAAGGUUUCUCCACGAACAAGGAUACGAGUGGGACGCAGAAACGUGUGUCAUGGCUGCGGGACAUGGACAACUAGAGUGCCUUAAAUAUGCUCACGAAAAUGGAUGCGAGUGGGACGAAAUCACGUGUAUGCAGUCUGCGUUGCAUGGAAAUCUGGACUGUCUAAAAUACGCACACGAAAAUGGUUGUCCGUGGAACGAAGACGUUUGUUAUCAUGCUGCGAUUAAUGGACAACUGCAGUGUUUGAUAUAUGCCCGAGAAAAUGGAUGCCCGUGGGACUCGGAAACGACUUAUCAUGCUGCGGCAAAUGGGCACCUGGAGUGUUUAAUGUAUGCACAUGAAAAUAAUUGCCCGUGGCACAUAUACGCGUGUAGUGCAGCUUUGGAUGGUAACCACGUCGAUUGUUUCAAAUAUGUACUUGAUUACGGAUGUCUUCCGGAUCAUACUGAUUGUAAUCAUUAUUCAACUUAAUAAAACUGUAUAUAUAUAUUAUUAUAUCCCAGCAAAAACACUUCGUCGAACUCCGUGUAAAAAAU